AUGACGGAUGUUUGUUGUCAGACGGGUCGCCCGUUCGAGCAGAUGAUGCUUGUGUUCGAUCUCGAUCAUAUCAGCAGCGCGCACUAUUCAUGCAAAGCAUUCUCGUCCUCAUUCACUACCCUCAUCCUGCUCUUCCAAGAGCAUUAUCCACUGGUGCUGAAGAAGAUCCUCAUCAUCCGAGCUCCCGAAAUGGCCAGGCUCGCAUUCAAAACGAUGACGCCAUUUCUCAGUGACAAAAUACUGGUACAUUUCUUGCUAAUGAUUAUUUUGGUAUAG